AAGGGGGGGGACAGAGCAAAGUGGUGAAGCGUGGCAUUGGGUUUUGGAUUCAAAAUUCAAAAUCUUUGAUUCUACGCACUCCACCAUUCCCAAUUUCCUCUCAUUUUUUCUUCUUUCUUCCUCCCGAUUCCCUCCAAUUUCUCUCUUUCCUCAAUUUUUGAAUUUUGAUUUCGAUCUCACCCACCCCCCUUCUGAACCCUAAUUUCGAGCACCCCCCAGAUUGUGAUUUUGCAGUUUCCACAUCUUCCCAUCUCCAUUUCGAGCCGAUUCGAUCCCUGCUGCAAUGGCGGACGCCGACUCUCCCACUCCCUCCGUCCCUGCCCCCUCUCCUCUCUCAGCAAGAAAGGAGAAUCUGACCCCCAUUGGAGCGAAAAUUACGGAAUUGAACGAAUCAAGAGCAGAGUUGCAUAGUAGAAUUCAAUUUCUAAAACAGGAUCUCCAGAAUUGGAGGUCAAAACUUGACAUGCAAGUUAAUACCUACCGCAGUGAACUCUCGGAACUCAAGAAAUCGCUAAAUGUUGAGGUAGAGAACCUUCGUACGGAAUUCGAAGAACUAAGGACUACCCUUCAGCAGCAACAAGAAGAUGUGACUGCUAGCCUGAGGAACUUGGGUCUUCAGGAUGUUUCCAUGGACAAUGACGAGACUCAACGUCAACAUCCUAUAGCAGAAAGCAGUGACAAGGAAGCACACGAUGCAAACGAGGUUAAGGAUGGACAUGCCUUAACAGAGGACAAGGGGAAUGAAGCUGAAAAUUAAGAGGCACUUUGUAGAAUGUAUGUUGUAAGUUUUUUCAUUCCAUGAGAAAAUAGCCUUUAGCUGCCCUCUCUUGUUUUGUUGGUUAUGUCACAAUGGAUUUCCACAUCUUACCUGUUUUGCAUCAUGUUUUUAUUUAAAUUUCAAUCUUUGUAAUGGGGUUCUUUUCAAUAUUUCCCAUUGAGGUUCUAUGGGAGUCUCCAUUUUCUCUCUCCCUCUCUCUCUCUCUCUCUCUCUUAAUAUCUAUGGAGUCCAUUUGUACCGUGUUGUUGUGAUCACUUUGACUGAUUUAAUGUCAUAAAAUGCAGCUUCUGAAACCUAA